CUCACUUGCGAUGUGGUGUGACCAAAUUCGAGCUCGCUCCGCGAGUCGCCGUAAAAAAACAAUUGUUAAAUUAUAAAGAAAUAAACGCGUUUAAAUAACGAAAACAUGUGCGGCGGCUGCUAGAAACGUGCGGCAACAUUUCGAGCCAGUCAAAACGUGCAGGUGCGAGCGGUAAAGCACGCGUUCGCGUCACUGGCAACAACAACAAAACACAGUGCACCAACAUUCGUAUAAACACACACAUACGCGAAUACACAAACACAUAAACACCGACGCACAUGCAACCAAAAUGAAAUAAAAACAACAAGAAGAAAGGCCCCAAUAAUUAAAAAAAAAUUUAUAAAUUUAAUUAUACAUAACGUCGGCUGCAGGUGCGCUGAAAAUAUGUUAAACGAAAAAAAAGAGAAAAAUAGAAAGUUUUGCCCAAUGAAGUGAACCAAAAAACACAAGCAAAAAGUACCCGAAAAUAUUAAUCUAUAGAUUUGAUUUCUAAAAAAAAAAAAAACACAAAAACCAACCAGGCAAUAUUUAUUACCCGAAAUCACCCAAACAGCAAAUCGAAAUAUUAAAAUUAAAUCUUAUAGGAGGUGAAAUUAUCGAAUCUUAUCUUAAAAGAAAAGAAAAGAAUUAAAUAAACAAAUUAAAAAGAAUUCAAGCUUUUAGUGAUCUUGUUAUGUUGCCUUGGUUAGAUUUUGUGCAGUUUCCGCUUACCCAACAGCAUUUCCUCACCCCUUUCCCCGGUCACUAUAAAAUUUCGCGUUUUUUCCCUCUUAUCAGCUGAUAAACACAACCACCCACUUGCCACCCCUUUUGCACCUGUAAAAAACAGGUGACUAAUGCACUGUUCGCGAAGUUUGUCAGCUGCUGACGCCCUGGAAACAACAACAACCACGGCUUUCUACAAAGCAGCGACGUCGGCGUCGGCAGCGGCCUCUGCCACCACAACACCAACAACAAAAUCAAAAACUAAUAAAACUAUGGCCACCACAACAACAAUGGCGGCCACAAACGCUAAAGAUGGCGUCACAAUGCGCGAGAAGAAGGGAGGAGCCCUGCAGAAGCUCAAGAAGAGGCUAUCGCACAGCUUCGGCAGACUAACAAUCUCCCGCGAAGACGGCGAGGACUCGACGCACCACCAUCACCACCACCACCACCACCGCGGCGGACACGGCGGGCACCACAACCACGGUAACAAAGUUCCAUACAACGGCUACAAUUCGGAGGAAUACUUGGACCGCCUCGAACCGAAUGGCAAUAUACCCGCUGACAAGACAAAUUGCAGAUAUGGAGACUGGCGCAGCACGGACAGCACCGACCACCACGAUCGCGUCCAGAGACAGCUUUCCGUGUCCUCCGACAGCAAGCUGCUGGACGAGGACAUCCGCGAGGAGAUGAAGUACCACUCGCACGUGGUCAUGCGACCCAAGAAGCCGCCCAGACCCAAGUCCGAGGUCUUUCUCAACAAGCAGGAAACGCAUCCGCGACGCAAACGGUUCAGUGCAUUUGGUGGCGACUCCCCAUUUGGCAAGCAGGAGGCCUACGUCAAACUGGAGCCGCUGGGCGAAGGGUCCUAUGCGACGGUCUACAAAGGAUUUAGCAAAUUAACCUACCAGCGGGUGGCGCUCAAGGAGAUUCGCCUCCAGGAGGAGGAGGGAGCCCCCUUCACCGCCAUUCGCGAGGCCUCGCUGCUGAAAGAACUGAAACACAGCAACAUCGUUACGCUGCACGACAUCGUCCACACGCGCGAGACGCUGACCUUCGUCUUUGAAUAUGUGAAUACCGAUCUGUCGCAAUAUAUGGAAAAGCACCCCGGUGGCUUGGACCACCGCAACGUGCGCCUGUUCCUCUUCCAGCUGCUCCGUGGACUGUCCUACUGCCACAAGCGGCGAGUCCUCCACCGGGAUGUCAAGCCGCAGAACCUGCUCAUCAGCGACUGCGGCGAGCUCAAGUUGGCCGACUUCGGACUGGCCAGGGCCAAGAGCGUGCCCAGCCACACCUACUCCCACGAGGUGGUCACGUUAUGGUACCGCCCUCCAGACGUCCUGCUGGGCAGCACGGAGUACUCGACCUCGCUGGACAUGUGGGGCGUGGGCUGCAUCUUCGUGGAGAUGGUGACCGGGAUGCCGACGUUCCCGGGCAUACGUGAUACCUACGAUCAGCUGGACAAGAUAUUCAAACUGCUGGGCACGCCCACCGAGGACACGUGGGCGGGGGUCACCCACUUUCCCGGCUACAAGCCGCACAAGCUGGGUUUCUACCGACCUCGGAAACUGGGUCACAACUUCCCACGACUGUACGACAUCAUCGAGGGCGAGACGAUAGCGAACGGCUUCCUGCAGCUGAAUCCGGAGCAGCGUUUGGGCGCCGACGAUGCACUGCAGCAUCCGUACUUUGCGCAGUUGCCAAAGAAACUCUACGAAUUGCCAGACGAAACCUCAAUUUUCACCGUGGAAGGCGUGCAGCUUUAUACGGAGCCAAAUCGACAGAAUAAAUGAAAAUUAAAGCAAGUCCUCUCUGUGGAUGGCGUACGUUUCUACUGUUAGGACCACAGUCCUCGGCAUCAAUCACCCAACCACCACCCUCCCGGACUACCGAUCUGUCAAUCAACCUAUCGCACCAUCCAGCAAUCGACAGCCAUAUAUAAACGCAAGCAAAUAACUUCGCGCGCGCGAGAGUUUGUACUAUAAUUCUAUGAUACUUUAGUUAUUAGUUCGAUUUCGCGAGGUUAGCUGAGGAGUUUAGCAGAAGACAUGGAACCGACGGCGGCAUUUUAUUUUCAGUCAAAUCGCUUAAAGUUAGUUUAGGUUUCUCGCCAUCCUGCAGCCGCGAAAAGGAUACUCAGUUUAGUCAAAGCGCAGACAUGUUUUUCUGUAUUCUUUUGUAAGCUAAAGAACUUAACAUUUAAAGAUUGCUUUUAGUGAGUGAAUUGGCUUUGUGGUCCACGAAAUACUUUCGUUUGCAGUCACAGAAGUAGUGUCACUGAAAACUAAAGCCAAGCGACUGAAAGCGAGACACAGACUUAUUGAAAAAUGGUGUCUGCAUUAUAAAAUAGGUCUCUGGAUCGGUUUCAGCUGUUGCGCCAUACUUUUCAGAAUUUUUUUUCAAAUAAAAAUUUGAUUGGUGACUGCUUUAAUAGAGUGCAAUUUAUAAAAAUUAUUGGGUUGGCGAGAAUGCGCUGAAAAAAACACCAAUUGCGCUCAACAAUUAUUUCCAAGCAAUUAUGCAACUAAAUUUUAUAUUUUACUAAAUUUAGAUCGUCACAGGGAAAAUUCAAGGACACAAAAUGUUAUUUUGUCUUCAUUUCCACUCACAGCUCUUUUUAUUUGUUUGUUUGUAUGAUUUCGUAUCGCUUUCCUUUGUCAUUAUAAAUUAUAUCGAUUUGCCGCGCUGUUUAAGUGAUAAUUUUAUAACUAUUAAAUGAAUUUAUGUAAAAAGCAAGUAAAACAAUCUUAAAAACAUAUGUUAAACGAAUAAAUUUAAAUCAUUUAUACCAUUUAA